CCUCUGAUAGCGCUAAUAAAUGACAGGGAUUAUCAUCCUUCAACAAGAAAUUUAAGCUUAACUCGUGAUGUUACGCGCCGUCGGGGUGAUUGUCCAUCCGUCAUUCCCACCUUAAACUGCGUUUCGAGUACUCGUGAUAUACAAAGACGCAGUAAUUUCACAACUUUAUUUCUUCCAAACUACUUCCUAUUCUGAAUGUGCUAUCCCUCAAUAGAGUAAGCGUAUCAUUGCGAUGGAUGCAGAAAGAUUAAAGCAGCUAGAGCAAGCAGAAGAAGAAUUACGUCGACGGCGUGAACGCGGUAAGCUCGCGCAGCGCGCGUUUCGGAAGCGCCAGAAUAAUACUACACGGGAUAAACAUGACGAAACCCGGAGAUUAAAAGAAGCCAUCUCAAAAAUUGUCCGCGUUGCUCGACAUGACGAUCGUCCCGAGCUGGUCGAAGCGAUCCGCGAAGCAGCUGAAAUGACUGGCUUAGACAAACAGGCUAUUGCUAAACUCUACGAUGAUGAGGAGGGCAAUCAAACAAAACGCACUGCAAAGACGUCUCAACCUUCACCAGACUCGAGGCAUCUUUUACCAGCGGAAAGAGUGCCAUCAACGGAAUUGAGUACUAACGCACAAGAGAUACCCCUGAGCAUCGGUACCCGGGCAGGUUGGAUUUUAAAAACUCAGGACCCUGUCCCGCUUGGAAGAGGCAGUGACGUAAGGCGGACGAGCACAAGAUUGGACUACGGGAUGUGGUUUGAUACAUCUCGAUUCAUAAGGGCAGAGCAACCUCCUUCAGACAUCAUCCCGUAUCUCGGUAAAGGGAAGAACACCUUCGCCGGUCGAUUAUUCUGGACUUGUGGGGAGCUUCUGCUAGAACAAUGCCGAAGAGUUGAGAUGUAUGAGCAUACAAACCCGAAGCUAGCUGGUGAAGCCAAACGGGUAAUCUGGAAUAUGGUUCAACACUCGAAACCCCUACAUAACAUUCGAUAUAUUAUAGCUUUGGCGGAAGCACGUCGGGAAUUCCGCGACCGCGGAUACAUCGAAGGGAAUAACCCCGCCGGGGAAAUCGAUUCGGCAUUCAUUUUACAGGAACAAGUCAUGAAUGACUAUAAAGCAAAGGGAAAGGACGUCGCUGUAUGGUUAUCUCCGAUGGCUGUGGAGCUGGAACUUCGCAAAUGCCUAAGCCCCGAAUCAUCCAGGCAACUCGAUCGUGUCCUGCAAUUAGGGGAUUCCAACCAAGUGGAAUCCCCUCUUCUCGAUAUGAUACAGUCGCUUAUCUGGAAACUAGCAGCAACUUAUAUCUGCUUUGGGGAUGGACCUCGUUGGCGCACUGAUCAUGUUUUGGCCAUAUUGAGUGGAAGUACCACUAUGCUUGAAGAGAAUCCACUGUUACGACUUGCGAAUGCCAUGUAAAAAGAAAUUGCCCGGCAGCUACCAGAAACCAAGAUGAUUGUGUUAAUUGACAAGGACCCGGGGUUGUCACGGGCAUUGUCUAAGACCGA